AUGAAAAGAGAGGAAAAAAAAGAAAUAGAAAAAGAGAAAGAAGAGAAAGAAGAGUCAUCCAAUGAUGAGGAUGAAGAAGAUGAUUACUUUACAGUUUCAAAUAAAUUUAAUAAAACUUCAAAAAAUAUAAUUAAACCAUUAGACCCAAAAACAUUACAUAGCGUACUUUCAACACUUCCAGAUACUCACCCAGAAGAAAAAACCAAAUUGAUCGAAAGUUAUUAUAAAACACAGGACAGCAUUAUAAAUUAUCCAUUCAAUAAAAUGUAUAAUGAUUUAAAGUUAAACUAUAGUUUGUUAAUCAAUGGUGUUGGUGAUAAAUCAAAGGUUUUAAAGAAAUUUGUUGAUAAUUUUUGUGUGGAUGGGCCUGCAAUUUUUUUUAAAGGUUAUUUACCUACAUUAAGUAUCAGAGAUCUAUUAUUUAGAAUUACAUUUUCAAUUUUUGGAAUGGAUAAGGGUUUUGGGUCUCCAAUUACUCAUUGUAAUUUUAUAAAGAGCAUUUUUGAAAGUAAUAGUAUUGAUAAAUUAAAGUUUUUAGGUGGGAAAUAUUCAUACAUACCAGAGAAUUUAUAUAUUGUAGUUUUAAAUAUUGAUGGACCAUCGUUAAGAAAUACAACAAGUCAAACUGCCUUAGCGUUACUUUCGUCAAUACCUCAAAUUCAUCUAAUUGCCACAAUUGAAACUUACUCACCAACAUUAUUAUGGGACAGUAACUUAUUUGAGCAGUUUUAUUGGGUAAAACAUACAUUGACAACCUAUUUACCCUAUAAAAAAGAACUAACCUAUCAAAAAUCACUUAUAAAUCAAAACCAAAAAGGCUCAAGCUCGUUAGAUCCAGAUGGUGUUUUAACAGUACUUCAAAGUCUAACUCCGAAUACUACCAACAUAUUUACUGAACUUUUGGAACAUUUGAUUAAAAAAAAGAUAAAGAAAAUAGAAUUCAAAGAAUUAUUCGAAAUUUGUAAAGAAGGCUUUUUGGUCUCGUCUGAAUUGGGUUUAAAAAAUCAAUUAAGAGAAUUUUUAGAUCACAAAAUAAUUGUUAAAAAAAUCAUUGGUGAUACCGAAUAUUUAUUAGUACCAUUAGAAUUUUCAACAAUGCAAAUUAUUUUAGAUAAAUUAGUUUCUUUUGAAGAAAAAGAGUAA